AUGGCGAUCCAAAUAACAUUUUAUCAUUUUUUAUAUAAUCUGCAAAACAAAACUAUGACAAUAAUUUUGGAUGUUGGAGCACGCGAAAUCAAGGCGGGCCUCAACACGGAGGCACUUCCCUCCCUUCGGUUUUCGUCGUACUGUAUGAAGAAUGAGUCGGGAUAUACGCACGUCAAAUUUUUAAACAAAAAUCAGUGUGCCUACGAGUACGAAAGUUGCCUUUCGAAUCGCACCACAAACAAACCGUGUUUUGAGGCUGUUAUGGACGAAGUGAUGGGGUUAUUUAGUUCAAAGUCAUUGAUAUGGGUGAAAUCCAAUGACCACACACGUGUGAUGGGGAAUGAGGCGUACGAGAUGUUUUACGAGAAGUAUAACAUACAAAAUAUAUACUCUGCGUCUUCUCCAGUCUUGGUCGCUCUUUCGUACAACCAAUUGAAUGCCUUGGUCAUCGAGAGUGGCUACACGUCGUCUCGGUGUUCUGUUGUGUUUUCUGGCUAUGGGCUGGAACACCCAACUACCGAGACUUCUGUUGCUGGUGACUUCAUUACAAAGCGAAUAACAGAGCGGAUUUCAUCCGAUUUCAGUGCUCUCGUUCCGCCUUUACAACAAAACUCAUCAUCGUCAUUCCGUAAUCUCGAGAUACAACAAUUUUUUGAACAACUCAAACUCGCGCCAAAGUCGUUCAAUGGGUUUGAUAUAGAUUCAUAUAGUAAAAAUUUACUAUUCCCAGCCACUCCUGAGGAGGACAAUAUUGGUCUUGACAAUUUAACACUAAAAACGAUGAUGAAAUGUGAUUAUGAUGUGAUCAAUAAAGUUUCAGAAAAGCUUCUUUUUGCUGGUGGAACGACGCUGCUCCCAGGAGUGAGUGAAAAAAUUCUUGAUUCGUUCACUAAAUAUUUCCCAACACUCCAACCCAAAGUCAUAAAAAGUGAUACCAUAUCUUCACAAAAAUACGCUGCAUGGCGGGGAGGUGCCAUCAUCGCAAACACAGAAGCUAUCGCAAAGGUCUUUGUGACAAAAAAGGAUUACGAGGAGAAUGGUAUUGGCAUCGUCGAUCGUAGAUGUGGCUAA